GAAGUUGAUUUACAAGAAUACAGAUGGUGAGCAAGAAUGAAGGAAGAUUCAGUUAGCCUUUCGUCUUCCUCCGAAACAAACUCACCAAACCCUAAUCCUUCUCUCUCUUUGUAUUCGCGCCAACGCAACCGAAAAUGGCGCACUUCAGUUUCAAUCUCGUCCACAAUUUCGAACACACCAGGGAUUCUUAUGGAUUUGCAUUAAGGCCUCAAUACGCACAACGAUACAGGGAGUAUUUUCCCAUAUACAAGGAAGAGGAAGAUGAGAGAUCAGAUAAAUGGAACGACUUUCUUGAACAUGCAGCUGAAUCAUCUCGACCAACUUCUAAUGAACAUGAAGAAACAUUGAAGGCUGAACCUAAAAGUGAUGAGGUAAACGAAGAGAGAAUUCCACAUAGGCCAAAUAAUGGGGAUGAUUCAAGCAGAAGGAAGUUUUGUGAGUUAGAAGAAGAGACUAAUGCUAUCAAGGUUAGCAUAGGAGGUGACUCCAGUGACAGGAAGACUUCUGAAGGCACUGAGAUAAAAGAGGGUACUAAUCCAGGGAGGGUUAGUGAAGGCGGUAUUUCAAGAGACAAGAAUUUUAUUUCUCACAGUGAAAUCGGAAAUAUCUCUAGAAAGCAACUUCAUCAAUGUGAAGAAAGAAAGACUCGUAAGGUUGUUCAACACUGGGCUGAAAUUAGGCCAUCUCUUAUUGGCAUUGAAGAAAUAUUCAGUUCUCGUGUCAAGGGAAAGAAAAUGGAAGGUGCAGAAAUAAAUAGAAAUAGUAAUCAUCCUCCAUCUAUAGAAGAAUCUAAACCUGUAGAUGAUGGUAUCAAUGGCUCAAAGGAAGAAAAUUCUUUAUUAGAUCAGAACUCACCUGAACUUUUCUCUCGAUGGAAAGAACUGGAGUCCCUUGUUCAAGGAGGAGUCCCGAAGGAUCUUAGAGGAGAGGUCUGGCAAGCCUUUGUAGGUGUGAAGAAGCGACGGGUGGAAGGCUAUUAUGAGGAUCUGUUAGCUCGUAAUGAAAGUGAGGAGCAAGAUGUCUCAUCUGCUGCAUUUGGGAAAUGGAAAAAGCAGAUUGAGAAGGACUUACCACGAACUUUCCCAGGUCACCCUGCUUUGGAUGAAAAUGGCAGAAAUUCCCUGAGGCGUUUACUGCUAGCAUAUGCUCGACAUAACCCUAAAGUUGGGUACUGUCAGGUAAUUGGAGUUCAAAAGAACCUUUCUUGGUGA